AUGUAUCUGUUUUUGAUGGUGAUCCAUGUUUUGCUCAUUAAUAAAGGAGUGGAUACCGAAACAUUUACUUUGGGAUACAUCACCGGAUCAAAACGACGUGAUAAUGAUCUUGAAUAUCAACGUCCCGGCCUUCGAAUAUCCGGCGCUAUCACUCUCGCCGUGGAGGAGGUAAAUGCUGGAGAACUUAAUAGGCGCGGACAUAAGUUGGAUUUUCUCGUUGCCGAAACUUAUGGUAAUGAAGAAAUGAGCAUUUUGAUGACGGCGGAUUUGUGGAAAAAAAACGUUUCCGCAUAUGUCGGCCCUCAAGAAACUUGCAUCCAUGAAGCCAGAAUGGCAGCUGCAUUCAACAUUUUAAUGAUAUCAUAUUUUUGCACACAUAACGAAACGUCGAAUAAAAAAGAAUUUCCAACGUUUGCGAGAACAAGACCACCAGAUACUCAAAUUGCAAAAUCCGUGGUUUCAGUACUGAAGGCUUUCAAUUGGACCAAAGUAACAUUUUUAUAUAUGAAUUCAACAAUGUUUGAGUUCAAUAAGAUGUCUACGGUUGCGACUACAAUUCUAAUGUCUUUCGAAGCAGCUGGAAUUACUGUAAAUUAUCGUCGUUCGUGGAACGAACCUUAUCAUGUAACCCACAUGAAAAAUCCUUUCCACGAACUCGUUAGACAAACGUAUCGAGGUACGCGAAUUUACUUGAUACUUGGACAUUAUUAUGAACACAUCGGUCUUUUGAUGGCUCUGGACAAAAUGAAUCUCUUGGAAAAAGGCGAAUAUUUUGUCGUUGGUAUUGAUAUUGAGUUUUAUGAUGAGAAACAUCCGAAUAAAUAUCUGAAAGGGCUAUUACAAAAAAACAUGGAUUUUUCAAUAGUACGAGCAUAUCGAAGUUAUUUCAGCAUUGUUGCCUCUGCCCCAAUCAAUUAUAUGAAUUUCACUCGACUGGUUAACAAGUAUAGAGAGAAGCCACCAUUCAAUUUUACGAAUCCAUCAGCAAAUGUCGGAGGAAUAGUUCAGAUAGUGCCGGAGACAGCGUAUCUAUAUGAUGCAGUGCAUCUAUAUGAAAGAACAUUGUUGCGGGCACUAGAUGAAAAGAAAAACCCAAGGAACGGACGAGAAUUGGUAUCCACAUUGCACGGAGUCCAUUACCAAAGUGCUAUGGGAUAUUUGGUAUACAUGGAUGAGAAUGGAGACGCUGAAGGUAAUUACACGUUAAUUGCAUUGGACAAUCGACCUGUAAAAGGCUAUGGUCUCUAUCCUAUUGGGUAUUUCAUUGGAAAGGAACAAGACACAAAUUUGCCAAAGCUUCAGUUAAAUAGAAAAAUACAAUGGCUCGGAAAUGGACCACCGAUUGCAGAGCCUUAUUGUGGAUACUAUGGCGAAAAAUGUUACUCUCAUACUGGCAAAAUUAUAGGGGGCAUCCUUGGCACAUUGUUGUUCAUUGUUACAAUGAUUAUCUUAUUUUUUUAUAAAAAUUGGAAAUACGAACAAGAGAUAGAUAGUUUGCUUUGGAAAAUUAACUAUAAAGAUAUUCAAUUCAAGGAAUACACAGAAAAGCGAACAAGUCAAUUGUCACUAAAUUCUAAUACAGAUGCGGAUUUUCGAUAUUCGACGAUUUAUACACAAAUCGGACUGUAUAAAGGUCAAAUUUUCGCUGUUAAAAAAAUCAGAAAAAAAUCGAUUGAGAUCACGGAAAAGAUGAAAAGAGAACUAAAAGUGAUGCGCGACAUUAGACAUGAUAACUUGAAUUCCUUUAUUGGUGCUUGUAUCGAACCACCUAACAUAUGCGUCAUCGUCGAAUAUUGUGCACGUGGUAGUCUCAAAGACAUAUUGGAGAACGAAGAUCUGAACCUCGAUAAUAUGGUCAUUUCGUCUCUUAUCGGCGACAUUAUUAGAGGUAUGAUCUAUCUGCACGAAUCGGUAAUUAAGUAUCACGGAUCGCUGAGUUCUUCCAAUUGUCUUGUGGAUUCACGGUGGGUCGUAAAAUUAACGGAUUUUGGGCUGAAUGAAUUUAAACGAAAUGAGGAACGUAAUUCUAACGUCAUAAAAACAAACCAUGGGUUGCUAUACAAAGCACCUGAGUUAUUACGCUGUACUUCUCUCCGGGAGCUAAAUGUUCGUGAUUUGCAAAAAGGGGAUGUAUAUUCAUUCGCCAUAGUUUUAUACGAAUUACAAGGGCGACAUGGACCAUUCGGUAUCACUGAUUUAUCAACAGAUGAAAUAUUAAAAAGAGUAAAAAACCCAGAUUAUGAAAUAUCACCGUUUAGACCACCAUUGGAUCAAUUGGAUAAUACGUUCGAUUUCGUUCGUAAAUGUUUGCUCGAGUGCUGGUCAGAAAAUCCGGAGCUUCGUCCAGAUUUUAAAACGAUAAGAUAUAAGUUGANUCCUUUCAGGAAAGCAAAUAUUUUCGACAAUAUGAUGGCAAUGAUGGAAAAAUAUGCAAAUAAUCUUGAAGCACUUGUUGACGAACGAACAGAUCAAUUAACUGAAGAAAAAAAGAAAACAGAUGCAUUAUUAUACGAAAUAUUACCGCGUUACGUAGCCGAACAACUAAAAAUGGGACAUAAAGUAGAGGCUGAAAGUUUUAUGUAUAUUCGCAUAUACAUAGAAUAUAUAGCUACACAUCUCACUUUUUUCUUGCAGAUUGUUGACUUUCUCAAUGAUUUAUACACAUGCUUCGACUCGACGAUAGAAAACUAUGAUGUUUAUAAAAUCGAGACCAUCGGGGAUGCUUAUAUGGUGGUGAGCGGUUUACCGAUAAGAAAUGAUAUUCAGCAUGCUAGUGAAAUAGCGAGCAUGUCGUUGUGUCUUUUAAAUGCCAUUAAACAGUUUACCAUUCGUCACAGACCGUUUGAUAAACUACAACUUCGCAUAGGAAUACAUUCUGGUCCAGUAUGCGCUGGCGUGGUUGGAUUGAAAAUGCCACGGUAUUGUUUAUUUGGUGAUACAGUGAACACCGCUAGCCGUAUGGAAUCCACAGGAUUACCGCUUAAAAUUCAGUGCAGCUGUGAGACGAAGCAACUAUUAGAUCAGCUAGGAGGAUUUAAUCUUAUCGAGCGAGGGGUGAUUUCCAUGAAGGGGAAAGGCGAACGUUUAACAUAUUGGUUAAUCGGAGAAGAUCCAUUAUUACGUAGCAAGCGUAGCAAGGAAAGAGCAAGCAAACAAAGCGGUAAAAAAAUCAACGUGACAAAUGUUCUAGUUCCUCGAAGUUCUCUAAAGAAUAAAUCUCUCGUCAGAUCAACUUUCGUGAGACGUUCCAGCGUUUCUCCGAAACGCUUACGAUUUAUCAGCUCAGAUCAGCUUGAUCAAAAAGGUUCCAGGAUAAGUCAAUCAGAAUCGAUAGCUGACAACAACUUAUGCAAAACGAAGAUUUCAUGCGUGUUACGAUCGUCCUGUAUGGAAAACUGGAAAUCCUCCAGCAAUUCGUGUCCCUGUGUCAAGAAGCUCUACGAUCAGGAACCUCAACCAGAAUUGAUAAAACACGAAUUGUCAUCGAAUUUCAAGAAUGUAUCGCUGUUUCGAGCCAAUAUGAUUCAUAGUAAUAAGGGUCUUGUUUGUUCUGAAAUCAAAAGUUUUCGUUUCAAUACACCCGGGAUACUCUUUACUUGUAGAUCAGUACCCAACAGCCCCAAGCAUAGCACACCACAUCUAAACAUUCAAAAGAGAGCGGUGAAGUCGUACGAAAAAAUCGAUGAGUGCGAUGCGACACCACUAAUCUAUUAUCCAGAUGAUUGCUUGGAUUCAGAAAUUUAA